UUUAAAGCUGUUUUUGACUUCAAUGCUGACAUGAAGAAUUGAAAUUUACAAGCCCUUUUCUCAACAAUUGAUUUUUAUCAUUCUAUGGCUAAGCUUCGGCCACCAACUUUAUCAGAACAUCCAUUACUAAAUAAUCAACAACCACCUCCUCUUACCAAACAAAAAUGAAAAUUAAUAAAACUACCUCACUCCCCUUUUUACUUCACCUGGUUAUUUUAUUUUCUUGUAGAUUGAUGCAAGCCAGUUCUUCAAGAAAUGAAUCCGACAUGGUAGCUUUGCUAAAAUUCAAAGAUGGAAUCACGAGUGAUCCACACGGAAUAUUCAACUCAUGGAACGACUCUCUCCCCUUCUGCCAGUGGUUCGGAAUCACUUGCAGCGGCCGCCACGAUGGAAGAGUUACAUCGAUGGUGUUGAAGGGGAAGAAUUUGGUCGGAACAAUUUCGCCUUUUAUUGGUAAUUUAAGUUUCUUGAGAGAUCUCAACCUGCAAAACAACAGUUUCCGUGGCCAAAUUCCUCAGGAAAUCGGAUAUUUGUCGAGAUUGUUACAGCUUUCUGUCAAUAAUAACACAUUAGAUGGCGAAAUUCCUGAAAACCUGACGCGUUGUUCUCAGCUCAGGAUUUUAGAUCUCUCAUGGAAUAAUCUAACAGGAAAAAUCCCUGCUGAUGUGGGCUCUUUGUCAAUGCUUGAGAUAAUUCAAAUUAGUACAAACAAUCUGAUAGGAAAAAUCCCACCUUCUAUCUGAAACCU